UUUAGCGUACUCUCUAACUAGUUAUUAGAAUUCCAUUAUGCUGAACUAACUGAAAAAAGAGCAAAACUUUGAAUUUUUUUUUUUCAAAGUCAAUAGAGAAACAUCAUUGUGCAAUAUCAAAGAAAUUCUGCUACGAUGUCUUCUGCAGUAACCGCCACUUUGAAACUCAUACUUGGUGCAAUUUUUAUAUUUCAACACACGGACGCAUAUUAUGGGUACGACCCCCGUUUUUUAAACACUUUUUCAUCACUCCGAAGCGACUUACGGAACAAACGAAGCGGUUCAAGCAUCGCUGAACAGGUGUAUUAUCAGGAUUUAUUAGCGCCAUUUUAUAAUCGUCGGCAAACCGAUUCUAUUUGGAAGCGAAGCAAGCCAGACCCUCUUCCUACGUCUGAUUGUAACGAACGAAGCAAUAUCCAAUACACAAGCCCGAACACAGCGACUCUGGAUAUUCGAUUCCCAUCUGUUCAUACAACCAAGGAUGACACUUACCUCUGUACCGCUUACAAAGUUCCAUUUCAAGGAGAUGAAAGCUUCAUAGUGAAUUUCAUUCCCCACGCAGACAUGGAGCGAUCUCACCAUAUGCUCGUGUUUGGAUGUCACGACCUUUCGUUUGACAGAACUGGGAAAAAUCAAUGUUAUGAGCCAUGUAAGAACAAACAAACCUUGUUUGCUUGGGCCAGGAACGCUCCACAGUUAAAAAUGCCUAAAGAUGUCGGAUACAGCAUUGGCCGUAACUCAGGAAUCCGAUAUAUUGCCGUACAAAUGCAUUUUGCGAAGGCUUUCGACGAAGGAACUUGCUCCGGCGUGACUAUGGACAUCACAACAACUCCGCAAAAAUAUUACGCUGGAAUAUUUCUCCUUGGAGCGUACGACAUUCAGCUACCCCCACAUUCUACUAAUGUUGGGUCGAGCGUUGCGUGCGAAAAUGAAAUUGAAAAUCCACUCCAUGUGUUCGCGUUCAGGACGCAUGCUCAUAUGCUUGCAAAUGUCAUCACUGGUUAUCGUCUCCGAAGUGGAAAAUACAAAAUGAUCGGAAAAGGAAAUCCAAAGUGGCCGCAGUCAUUUUAUCCUCGAGUGGGGGGAGAAUUGGAGUUAAAAAAAGGAGAUGUACUUGCAGCUCAAUGUGAUUAUAAUAAUACAAGAGAUGAAUCGAUUCAUGCAGGACCGUCAGGAUCAGAUGAAAUGUGUAACUUAUAUCUGAUGUUUUACACUUCGGAUAAAAAAUCUUUGAAAAGUACUUUGGAAUGUUGGGGAUUGGAUUAUGGCUUGACAGAGGGAGAUUUGCACUUUCCAAAAGAUGUGAAAGACUUGGCUCCUUAUCCUGGUUAUGCUGGUGAAGAUUCAAAACAAGCGAUAGCUGAAGGGCAAGCUGUUAUCCCUCCGAUACCAGAAGAACACAUGCACUCACAUAUGCACAGCCAUGAUGACGGAGAAAAAGAUGAAGAUGAGAUUGAAAAGAAAGAUGAAUUUCAGGAAAUUCAGCAUUCAGAGGAACCGGGAAGAGAAGGAACAAUGUCAGAUGCUGAAGUGAAUGAAAAAUUAGAGCAUUUAUCAGAUCUAUUGAAUGAAACUGGAUCGGAAUCUUUGUCAAGAAGUCAUGGAAUGCCAGAGUUCCAAGGCUUAUCAGCAGAUCUCAGCUUUCCUCUCCUUCAGCAAGGCUACUCAAUAGGCCAAGUGGGAGGUUUGGUCAGUGAUAUGGAUGGGACUGUGCAUGUCUUUCAUAGAGCUAACAGAGUAUGGGGCCGUUUUUCAUUCGAUUCUCGAAACCGUUUCACCGAGCCAAACAAACCAAUUAUGGCAGACACAAUCUAUCAUCUAAGUAAAGACGUCGGCAAAGUUCUCCACUCCUGGGGGAGAGGUCAAUUUUUUAUGCCGCAUGGGAUUUCCCUUGACCCCGAAGGCUAUUUAUGGCUGACGGAUGUCGCAAUGCAUCAGGUUUUGAAAUAUCCACUAGGUGGUGCUGAGAAACCUAUUUUGGUCCUUGGGGAGUUUAUGAAACCAGGAAGUGAUGCGAGUCAUUUCUGUAAACCUACCGAUGUUGCCGUGGACGAUGAUGGUUUUGUCUACGUGUCUGAUGGUUACUGUAACGGCCGUGUUAUGAAGUUUUCAAGAGAUGGGUCGUUCGUUAUGCAGUGGGGAAGAAUGGUCACUAGCAAGGAUUUAUUACAUCCACCCAUUCCACCAUACGCAUUCUUUGUUGCUCACAACAUCAUCUUGUGCGGACCGGACAAAUCAGAAUUAUGUGUCGCUGAUCGUGAAAAUGGGAGGAUUCAAUGCUUCGGCAAGACUGGUGCACUGACUCGAAUUAUUAAAGAUGAGAAAAUGGGGAAAAGGGUUUUUGCGAUCGCAUACAGCACUCUUGAAGGUGGCGUAAUCUACGGAGUUAACGGACCGGACCAAUCUGAGGGGGAUACAGCUUGGGGAUUCACCCUUCAUUAUGAUACAGGAGCGUUCUUGGAGGGUUGGGAGCCGUCUGCGGACUCCUCACUCACAGACCCUCAUGAUAUUACAGCAUCACCUAGCGGAGAACUGAUCUAUGUUGGCGAUCUCAGUCACAAGAAAGUUUAUAAAUUCUACCAGGUACCUUCAGCAGCAAAUGAUGAACAAAAAGAUUCUGGUAUCGGCCAAGGAAUUGCGUCUCUUUCUCCAAUCGAUAAUAAAAAGAACGAGCUUUCCAACUUAGAAGAAACAGUGGAAAAGAAAGGAAAGGAAUCAGGGAUGGAAAUGGAGGAAAAGUCUGAAAAUUCUCUGAAUAUGAAUGAAAAAGAACUGGACAAGGAAAUGAAUGAAAACUAUUCUGAUGGAAAUGUGAAUUCAUCAAAAGGAGCCACAAUCAUCAUUGUCAUCCUGGUUGUAUUACCAACUGUUUCUCUGCUGAUUGCAUUUGCUUGUAUCAAAGUUCGAGCAAAGAGACUCAAGGAAUAUGAAAGUCUUCUCUCUAAUAACGGAAAGUCAAGCAGCAAAUUAAAUCUUGGAAAGUUUCUGAAUCCGACUGAACGCAAAGGAUUCACAAGAGUUCGUUCUGAAGCCACAGACGACGAAGACGAUGAGGAUGACGUCGAAGUUUAUUCGAAAAAGAUAUAUCACCCUGGGAAACCCAAGCGUCCAGUUUAUUUUUAAAGGAGAAAUUUACACAACGAGGAAACUGAACCUUCGGCUGGAAAUAAAUGAAAGAAUAUACAAGUUCAGUGUUCAGAUUUAUACUUUUGUGAUUUUUUUGUUUUCGUCGUCAAAUUGUAGACUAUCAAAGUGGUUUGUUGGUUGCUAUGGGAGCGCACUCCAUGUGUGGAUUCAUACUUUUUCCCGUUAUCCGGGGGGGAGGGGGGAUAGCAAAUAUGACACACGAUCUGAUACAAAAUUUUCAACAAAUGUCUCACCGAGGGUUUCUUAAACUCGAUCUGUCCAGACCAGUGUUUCUCACUUUAAUAAUUAGAUUGAGACAUACCACUCAAGCAGCCAUUGUUAUGCAACAGUCCCGCUUUACAUUCUGUUUGGCGUCAACCGCUCAAUUUUUUGACAACACAUCCAUAACAUGUCCCACGUGUUAAAAAUUUUAAAUAUUGUUUUUCUUAUACGUUAGUUAUUUGUCAUUCUGUCACCGCAACGACAGCAUCAUCAUUUAUUGCUACUGAAAUCAAAAUUUAUCUGUAUUGACCCAAAUGAACUAAAUUUACGAAUAGCUUUAACAAUUUUUAAUAUGUUUGCGGGCCAUCUUAAUAUGUUUCUGUGGCGCAGCAAUGGGCCAUGGCCCACUAGUUGAGAACCCAUGCUCUAAACUAGGGGUCGGCAACCUUUUUUCGCUCGCAGGCCAAAAUAAGGGUUGCAAGUCAUUAGCGGGCCGCACAUAUUUUUAGAAAGUUGAAAACCGAACAACUGAUACCUUUCAUAAUAAAAAUCAAG